AUGGGGAUUCCUGCUUUCGAGAAGCUGGUUAAUAAGUUGUGGGAGCUGGAUGCGAAUCGGCUCGAAAUUAACAAGGACAUUAUUCUGAAUCUGCAAGCCUUCAUUGAUCUGAUGCGUUUCUAUGAUCCAAAUGUCCUCGUGGUCGAAAGCUCAAGUCCGGAGAAGAUUCAGAGUCAAAAGGCUUUCCUCGACGCUAUUCUAGCAACACCACUGAUGGCAGAGGUGCGACGUUAUUUGGAGGAGAAGAAACUGGCAUCCCCAAUUGACGAGGAGUUCAAAGAUAUGCUCGGUCACCUCUGGUUCAGUGCCUUUAAACGCAAAAAGCGCCUGAGUUCCAGUGCCUUUGAACACGUGUUUCUGGGUGAAGGCAGAGGAACAAAAGUUCUGGGCUUCCACUACUGGCUUCCUCUGUAUCUUCAUGAACAAGAAGGAAGCUUAAAUUACUUUGGUUAUUAUGAAAAGGUAAGUGAUCUUUGCAUUCCCUUACAGCAGUGUUCCCGUGAUCAUUUCACCAGUAUGACCUUCACAAUGCACAAUCCGAUCGCACUUGAAACUGCUAUGCACUUUGCUGCACCACCUCACUGGCAGCUCCACCUUUUCCUCACAUCAUGUAGUAGUCGUGUAUUUUCUGCUUCUUCUCUCCUCACCGAGUGCUACUUCAUCACAGGUCAGGGUGGUUUACAGAACCUCCUCUCUGUAGCCUUCGAGUGGAACAGCGAUUGGGUGAAGAAACACGCCAAAUUCCUCGUCGGCACCUCGCCAGAAUUUGAAAUGGGCGUAUACACUGCCGCCUUUCUAACAAUGAAUUCCAUCUGGCCGGAUGGCUUUCGCUACGCCCUCUCCUUGCGCCUCAAUCGAAGUCGAAUGGCCGUUCAGUGCUAUCGCAAUUCAAAAGUCAUUUUGGGCUCCUGUUACAUUGUCUAA